CCUGAUUCCACAAAUAUCUGACUGACAAGUCAGUCAACACCAGCAUCAUGAACUUCACCAUCAUCAACGGCCAAAUCUACACCCCAGGCCUAGCCAUCAUCGAUGCCCCCCAGCCCUAUACUCCCCUCGGAGGCGAAACCCUCCAACUCGCCCUCGACAUCUCCGGCAACGGCCACCUCCCCACCACCCCACAACCCACCGCCGCCACGCAAUUCCACUCCCUCACCAUCUUCCUAACCUCCCUCGCCACAGGCAAGAACUUUACCAUCUCCAACGGCACCACUCCCACCACUAAUAAUACCUACGUCGGGCCCGUCCUGGACCUUGAGCCCUCGUCGACGGUGAAACAUGUGAAUUGGAUAUGGCCUGCUUGUUUCGUGGGCACCGGCCAGGAUGAUGGCGGGAAGGGUUCUGCUCGCGGCGAGUAUAAUAUCUCCAUUCAUCAGGGGUUUCGCUGGGAGGGAACGGAUUAUUAUACGGUUUUUGAUUUGCCGGUUGAGGUGACGAAUGACAUUGCGGAGGGGGAAGGGAGGGUGGAUUGUGGGGUGUUGGAGAAUGAGUGGGUGGAGUGGGGGGUUUACCGGGAGUAG